AUGUACAGAGACGUUUCAAGUUGCAACACCUAUGAUUACGGCGACGCUGUUUAUUGGGACGCUCGUUAUAUCCAAGAAGGUGGUUCCUUUGAUUGGUAUCAGCGUUACUCUGAUCUUAAACCCUUUCUUCGUCAUUAUUUCCCUCUUUCUUCUACCAUUCUCAUGGUUGGUUGUGGCAAUGCUGUUAUGUCAGAGGAUAUGGUCAAAGAUGGUUACAAGGAAAUUGUUAACAUUGAUAUUUCAUCGGUUGCCAUUGACAUGAUGAGAAGAAAAUAUGAGUACAUCCCUCAGCUAAAAUACAUGCAGAUGGAUGUAAGGGAUAUGAGCUUCUUUUCCGAUGAAUCUUUUGAUGGUGUAAUUGAUAAAGGAACUCUCGAUUCAUUAAUGUGUGGCACGGAUGCGCCAAUUAGUGCUUCUCGGAUGCUUGCAGAAGUGUGUAGACUUCUAAAGCCUGGCGGGAUUUAUAUGAUGAUUACAUAUGGCGAUCCAAAAGUAAGGAUGCCUCACAUAAGCAAACCUGUAUACAAUUGGAAAAUUACAUUGUAUAAUAUCCCAAGACCGGGAUUUAAUAAGCCAGAAUGUAGUACUUCAUCAAAGAAAUCAUUGUUGGAACCUAUUCCUCUUACUGAAACCGGCUUACUUCCAGCAGAUUGGGUUGUGGAAGAUCCAGAUUCUCACUUUAUAUAUGUUUGUAGAAAGGUAAAGGACACAGAUGUAUAG